AAUCUGGACCAGCUCUCGAGACGCAAAGGGCUGAACAAUUGCCAACAGGGCGGGCAUGGAGGCGAGAAUAAAAAGGACCGACGAUCGCCUCUUAUCAAACAAGCCUCAUUGACAGAUCAAACUUUUGUGAUGGCAUCAACAUUUGGGCAAACUAGAACUAUUUCAACUAGACCGUCAAGUUUUGAGCAUCUCUUGGCGGUUCAGGGUCGUGAGUCUGCCGCGCAAAAAGUGGUACGAGCAGUUCAUUUUACGGCGCCAAAAGUCUUUCGGCGAACCGACUACUCCAUGCAAUUUUCUCCCUUGCUUCGCUCUGGCCAGUACCAGUACAUCGUUGCCACCGACGAGCCCUUUAGCAGCUCAGUUUUUUCGACAAUCCAUUAG